AAGGGGUAACUGUAUCAUGCGCAAGCCACGUCAGUGGGCUCCGUGCUUCGCAUGUACACACAUGCAUGCGUUAAGGUCCCUAAGUGAAGGACAGCUAAAGCGCCACCAUAUGAUGUAAUUUCCAUCAUAUGAUAUAAAACUCAAACAAACAUUUGGUUUGAAUCUUGACUAAAAAUUUUUCAGAAAGUUCCACAUUGAGUGAUCCGCGUGGAUGUAUCGAAGUUCGAAUUUAACCUAAUUUUUUAACUUUUGAUUUUAUUCGCAUUUGUAUUGUUUGAUUGAUUUUUGACUUGUCAUCUUACAAUACAGGAAUAAUAGCUUAAAACUUUUUUUACGCUCAAUUUUAAUGUACAAUUUUUGUACCAUAAUAUCACCCAAAGCAUGGACGAGAUAGAGUGUAAUUUGAAAUCAGAAAACCCUAUUUUGAUAUCAUAUGCAAUAUCUAUACUUAAUGAAAUAAUUAAGAAGAAAUAUGAUGCAUUGGAAGAAAAAGAUAUUUCAAAGAUACCAGAAUUUAAAUUUCUCACAUCAAAAUGCAUCAACCAUGAGAAUCCUACAGUUGUUACAUCCACAUGUCAAGGACUUGUUACACUUGCUGAGACUGGAUUAUGGAAUGCUAAGCUUGCAUUAGCAACCUUGACAUCUAUGUGUUCUUCAAAGAAUUACGAGGCAAUUAUUGUAGCUAUUAGUCAGUUGUUAACAUUAGACUGGAGAAUAUGCAAUGGAUGCAGUGAAUAUACUCUUCAACUACCCAAUCAGCAUCCAUUUAUUAUAAUUCUGAAGCAGAACAAGCGCAGUGGGAUAUGUGUGGUGAAUCAAAUGAAGCAAAUCAUGUAUGAUGAUGAGAAAUGUAUCAUGGAACAUAGUAUAGAAAUAUUACGGCCUGUAUUUUUAUACAUAAUAUGUGAUCCCGUCUCAACGGAAGUGGUCAAUAAUUCCAAAUCAGAGGCAUGGCAGCUUGUAAUCAAAUCUAAUAAAGCUGCAGAUUUGCAAAUGGAGAUUCUACUCUGGCUGUGCACUAAUCGAGAGGACAUUUGUGUUGAUUCAAACUGUAGACUGAUCGAGCUCGCGGAGAUAUCUAUGCAAAAUGGAAAUACAGAAUAUUGCACAGCAUUGGCACCUCUAAUCGCCUCCGUAACGAUACAGCUGUUGGAAUGCAACCAUAAUCCGCAAAAUAAUUUUUUCAUACUAUUGAGAUUGAUUAAAAGUUGUGACAGUCACAUAGGAAAUCUCAUGAUAAGUUUGAUGGCAGAAAUAAUCUUGAUAUGUCCGAAUGUUUAUUUGUCCAAGGUUUUUAGGAUAUGUGCACUUAUCGUCGAGCAGAUGUCGUACGACACAAUUUUUUUAAACGUAUUAUCUGUACCCUUGUUGACGUGGUUGGUUUACAAGAUAUGGUUGUGCCCUGACGAAUUCAAAAACCUGCUCACCGUAAUAAAGCAACGGCAAACAAGAACGAGCAGUAUUUGUGAUGAUACUGCUGCUGCUACAAACAAGAUACUGCGUAUGAUUAGCCGCAAUAACAAGUACAUCCUAUUUUACACAGAACAGAUACGCAGUCUGCAUUCUCUGAACAACGAUAUUAUGCCGUGGCUUGAGAAUCUAUCGCUUGCACCGAUCGAUCUAAAAUACACUUGCAAGCUGAUAUUGUGCGGCAUUUUUCUGUAUAGCGAGGAACCCCUCGUGGUGUGCAAAACUUGGGACAUUCUCCUGAACAUAGCGAAGCAGAUCAAGUCCUUCGAGUCGCAUGUGAUGUCCUUGGUGAAUCACAAAUUAACAGUGUUUCACGACAGCGCUUCGACGUUGCAAUUAUUAAAAGCCUUCCCGCAACUCGGUUCCAUGCGCAUCAUCACCAGCACGUUGCAAACGAUGCAGAACAGCGGGAGGCCGCUGAGCGACGUCACAUUCGAGUUCUACAUAACGGCGAUAAAGGACAAUCCCCGCUGCUAUCGUUUCCUAUCCAACGCCUUGAUGGAGAAAUUGGAGCAGAAUAGUAAAUUGAACGACUGGCGCACGGACGUGGUGUGCGCCAAUACAAUCAAGCGCAUAUGCGAAAGCCAUCCUGAGCACGGCGAGGAACUCGUGCCGUUGCUAUCGCUUAUCUUGAAUCGAUGCGCCGAUACGAAUGGCGGUGCGGCCAGCGCACUUGCGCUCGACGCUAUCUCGAGUCUGUGCAAGAGUGCGGUGAUAGGUAUCUACUCGACUUGGAAGGUGCUGGCGCGGAAGAUGCGCACGGAGAAGCGCACGAUGGUUCUGGAGAGCCUGUGCGACCUCUUCGCGAACAUCCCCUCCUUUCCGUUUCGCGCGAACGACGACCACGAGAAGUUUAUCGCCGAGAUCGCAACAGAAUUGUGGCGCUACGCGAUCGGCGAGGACACGAGGGUCGCGGAAGCGGCGUUCAAGGCGCUGAAAUCCUAUCCCUUGGAACUAGUACCUCUAAGCACACUGCCUCUGGAUUUCCGAUCGGACCUCGUGGUACCUUCUAAAAAUGCGGUUGACAAAUCUGACAAGUCCGAGGACGCGCUGCAGUACAUACCGGGCUCUUGUUGGAUCCAGAUGCUGAAGAAGGUGAACAGGAGCAUCCUGCCAGCGGCCAGGGACUUGUUGAUUUUCUACAUUGAGAAUGAACUAACGGGUUUCAGAUCGCGAAUAUAUAAUUGGCCGCAAGGAGAACCGCAGAACUUCAAGUUCUUACCGGAGAGAAGCGUGAUAAGGGCUAUCGGCGAGCAUUUAAGACGAAGCGACAAGACGGACUCGAACAAUCGGUGUGUAAUAAUGGAAUGUCUGCGCGUAUUCAAUUACGACUACAAGAAACCGCUGCCGAACAUAAAGUGGGACUUCUUGGAGGAAAUUAUGAAGAUAUCGGACGAGGCCAAAGAGCUUAGUCUGUCGAUCGUGAGCCGUCACUGUCGGAUCUCGCAGUCGGCGAAAUCGCUGACGGAACGUUUCUUGUCAAUGCACACGUCCGCGUCGAAAACUAGUCAGUUGUUGCUGAACGAGAAACACUUGGUGCUUUAUUCGCAUCUGGACGAGCUGUUCCAGGCAUUUCAGCCGAAUAGCCUGCAACAAUUCCUCGAAACAUCGAUCGAUUAUUUCAUUGAUAGAAUUUUACAGAAGGACGAGAAGUCAAUCGAUUUAUUCAACUGGAUUAUGUCUGCGUACGGCACCGCUUUGAAAAGCGAUCUGAUACUCAUAGGAAAUCGCACGUUGCUAUCUACUUUAAUGGAAAGAGUAUUUGAGAUGGUUGAAUUGACGCCCGACCAAGAUUUCUCAAUUUUCGAGAUAUAUUAUGCAGCUUUGAUGCACUUGACAGUCAAAGAUAUCGAGAGAAUAACAUCGCCGAAUAUUUGGUGGACAGAAACGACGAAGAAACUGAGAAACGCCAUCGCUGUUCGAACGAAAUUAGCAUUCAGCGGCAAUUUUCCUGGCACACCGGUCACUUGGUUGAGCGAAAUUAUCGAAACAGCUGCAAGUAGUCCCGAGAUGCAGAGACACUUCCUGGAAAGCAUGCAGAGAGUGCAGACUGACUUGAGAUUAAAUAAAUCCUUUGAUCUAGCAUCGCAAAAAGACUGGAUUGUGGACUUCAUGAAUCGCAUCGCGCUUAUAAUGUCGGAAGAGGAAAAUGUUUGUACAACUUUGUACUUGGACAUUUUGUUCGUCUCGGUUAUCUGUUUAUCCGGCUUGGAUUGCUUGUUGCCGAAAAAGGAGCUGUUAAUUACUUCGCAAGACGAUAAAAUAAGAUUGUUCCCAUUAGCGAUCUCUGUGCUCAUCGACAGACAAAUUUGGAAAUCGGCAUCUUUCCAGAUUAUGAAGUGGUUGAAUUACAUGAGGACCAAUUGCCUGAUAUCUGAUGUGUACGUACCUGCAUUUCAAAGUGCAUUAAUAUUAUUGAGGGGCGAAGAAGACUAUUUGUUACAAUGGACUAAUUACUUAUCAUCCAAGACUUAUAUUGACUUGUAACUGCGAAAGUAUUAUUUAGAAUUUAUUUCAAGAUUUAAAAAACGUAAACGUGCAUAUUGUUGUAAAUAAAUAAAAUGUA